UCUCAAACUAUGCAUAUCGACUCGUGGAAUUUAGAGAGAGAAAGAAAGAGAGUACUUGAGAUAGCUUGAACUGAGGGUUUUCACUUUUGAGAAAGAUAGAUAGAGUGUGUGCUUGUGAUAAAUAAUUUUAACUAUUCCUAGUUUCCAAUAGUUCUAUAUAUUCAAUUCAAGAAAUGGCCAUGACUCGUGAAUCUUGGGCUUUUGUUUUCGGCCUUCUAGGCAACAUCAUUUCGUUUGCGGUGUUCCUUUCACCAUUGCCAACUUUUUACCUAAUCUUCAAGAAGAAAUCUACUGAAGGAUUUCAGUCACUUCCUUAUGUUGUUGCACUUUUCAGUGCAAUGCUUUGGAUUUACUACGCAUUUGUCAAAAGAGAAGCUGCUCUACUUCUCAUCACAAUUAACACCUUUGGAAUUGUUGUUGAGUCAUGUUACCUUAUUGUCUUCCUAAUUUAUGCCACAAAGAAAUCAAGGCUUUCAACCAUAAAACUACUUCUCUUGUUGAAUGUGUUUGGUUUUGGAGCCAUGCUUCUAUCAACUCUCUACUUGGCAAAGGGAGCAAAACGUCUUGCUAUCAUAGGAUGGAUUUGCUUGGUUUUCAACAUAACUGUAUUUGCUGCACCUCUCUUCAUCAUUAGCCGAGUCAUAAGAACAAGGAGCGUGGAAUACAUGCCGUUUUUCUUGUCUUUCUUUUUAACCAUUAAUGCUGUUAUGUGGUUCUUCUAUGGUCUUCUCCUCAAAGAUUAUUAUGUUGCUCUUCCAAAUACACUUGGAUUUGUAUUCGGCAUAAUUCAGAUGGUGAUGUAUUUGAUAUAUAGAAAUGCCACACCAGUGCCACUAGAUGGGCCAGUGAAGGGUCAAGAAUUGAGUGGUGGCCAUAUUGUUGAUGUUGUGAAGAUUGGAUCCGACCCCAAUCGUGGAGGAGGUGCAGUUAGCAAAGUCUGAUUUUACCAAUGAGAGUAUAAAUGUGAAAAUCAAGGGAUCCAUGACCAAAAAAAAAGACUUAACCUAAACUUUCAAUUUCAUAUGAUGUAUAAUGCAAGAACGUGCUUAGUCUAUGAUAUAAGUGUUUAAUUUUAUUAAUGUAAAGGUGUGGUUAAUUUAAAUUUGGUGUAAUUGGCAAGUGUGGCCAUAUAAGCAAGACAUAUCAAUAUUAAUUCCUAAGCUUUGGCCAUAUAUUAUUCUCAUAAUAAUUGUACUACUACGUGUAACGUAGUAUAUUCUCUUCUCUCAAUGUAACCCUCAGUCAAUCUCAUUUCAGUUCACUUUUCCUUUGUAUACGUUAUAUCAAUUAAUGUUCAAGUAUUAAUAUUAAUGAAAA